AUGACUCAAAGUAUUAAAAAAUUUUUUCCACCAAUAAAUCAUAAACCGUUACCUAUUUCAUCUGACGAAACAUCAGAUGAUACUAUUAUAUCUGAUAAUAAUAAUGAAACUGAUGAAUUAAACAAAAGAAGGAAGUUAAAUAAAAAAAACUCCGGGAGACAUAAAAAAGAAAAUUUAAAAUUUAAACACAGCUGGAAAGUUGGCAGACCGUGGUUGAAAUGUGAAAUUGUUGAAGAUCAAAAGCUAAUGUUUUGUGCCAUGUGCCAAAAAGCAAAUCUUAAAGCAUCUUUGUGGUCAACAACAGGUUGCAAUUAUAUGAAACUGGAGUAUGUUAAGAGACAUGAAGAUUCUAAUGAACACAAAACUUCUAUUAAUUUUCUUGACCCAGCACAGACAAGUAUUAAAGAAAAUUUUGUUACUUAUCAAAUGAAUAAUGUUGAUUCUAUAACUAAUGAAGAACCAUUGGAAAUUUUACGUUCACCAAAAUUUGAAUUUAACAAAGAUUCAUUAGAAACAAUUAAAAAAAAUCAAAAUAGCAAUUAUGCUACUUAUAAUAAUAAAGUAGCUGGACGUGACUUUUUGAAGUCUAUUGCUAGAAUUAUAGAAGAGAAUGUUAUUUUAGAAAUUAAAAAUUCAACAUUCUGGUCACUUCUAUUGGAUGAAAGUAAUACUAAUUCAACUGCAGAAAAAACAUUAGCAUUGGUUUCAAAGCAUAUUACUGAUGAUAUGCCAGUAUUACGUUUUUUAGGAUUAAUAAAGAUUAACAAUGCUACUUCUGAUUCUUUAUUAUCAGUUGUUGAGAGUUUUUUAUUACAAAAAGGGUUGGAAAUUAGUAAAAUGUAUCAUUUUGGUAGUGAUGGUGCAUCCAACAUGCGUGAGAAUAGUGAAUGCCCUGACUUGGCAAUAUUGAAUGUUAUGGAGAUACGGUGGUUAUCAUGGGCAAAUGUGAUAAAUAAUUUUCACCAAAUAUUAGAUGAUGUUCACCAAGCAUUGUACAAACAAAAAGAUAACAGUAGUGUUGCAAGUUUUUUGUAUGAAGCAAUUGAUACAGAAUUUUAUAUUUUCACAAAGUUUUUGGCAGAUAUUUUUUCAACAAUGAAGUCUAUGAUUAUGGUAUUCCAGUCAGAUUAUGUUACGCUCAGUGAAACAAGAAAUCAAUUAACCAUGGUAAUUAGUACUAUUACAUCUGAUUUUAUUGGAAGUGAAACUAUGUCACCUACUUAUGGAAUUUUAACCAUUAGAAGAUUUGCAGAGGAAACAAUAAAGAGUCUCAAAGCACGAUUUCCAGAUUGUAGGUUAUAUAGUUCUAUGUGUAUAUUAGAACCAAGAGAAAUGCCAAGUAAUAGGAAUGAUUUAGAUAGUUAUGUUAAUAAUUGUUUAGAUGAAUGUGCAAUGUUUUUGCUUAAAAUACCAUUUUGA